AUGCUGAACUUAUUACGAUCAGCAAACCACAUUGCUGCCGAAUGCAGUUCAACGGCUAUGUGUUGGAACUGUAAAGAAUUUGGACACUUGGCAAGUCAAUGCCCCAAUGAACCUGUCUGCCAUAUGUGCAGUAGAGCUGGUCAUUUGGCCCGGGAUUGCAUGAACCCAGGGUUGUCACCUCAUGAUGCAAGGCUUUGCAAAAAUUGCUACAAGGCCGGCCAUAUUGCUGCUGAUUGCACCAACGAAAUGGCCUGCAAUAACUGUCGCAGAACCGGUCACUUUGCUCGUGACUGCCUAAAUGAGCCAGUCUGCAACAUUUGUAAUAUAUCAGGUCAUGUAGCUCGUCGUUGCCCCAAAUCAGGCAUGGACUCUGAGUCGAGAGGCCAUUUUGCUGACAUUAUCUGCCACAACUGCGGACUGCCAGGUCAUAUGAGUCGUGACUGCAUAUCCAUUGUCAUAUGCAACAACUGUGGGGGGAGAGGCCACCAAGCAUAUGAGUGCCCUUCUGCUCGGAUAUACGAUCAUGGACUGUUUAGGUAUUGACCAGUUGGGAGAUUGAACUAAUUCAGGGUAUUUUUGCUUACUCAGCC